UACCAUUCAUGGAUACACUGAGUAUGGAGACGAGGAGUGUGUCCCGGGGUCGAGGCUACCAGUCGACCAGUCCACAGUGUGUGCAGAGUGACUGGCUCAGGAGCUGACUGGAGCACACAUGGCUUCUCACAGACAAGUAUAAGCCUUUACCUGCAUUACCUGUCGGCCACUAUGGCCCUGUAGGAGAUAAGUGUUGUGCUCAUUAUCAGGACACCCGGGGUGCCAGUGUCCGGACACCCCUGGGGGUGGCCAGUGUCCAGACACCCCGGGUGGGGGGGGGGCAGCAGUGUCCGGACACCCUGGGGGGAGUGUCCGGACACUGGUAUCUCAUUCAGCUGGUAUCUGCUCAUUCAUUGGUAUCCACUGGUUAUCCAGAUAAAAUCUGCUCAGAAAUGCUCGACACAGAUCCACGUGACAUAAUUAUGGCGCCAGAGGUUGUUGAAGAUGGUGGUGGGAAUGGUGUGGCAGUUCCAUUGUUACAGGUGGAUAAUGAAGGCCAGGAGGAGUACUUUACUAGCUAUGAAGAUGCUGAGAUCCACAGAUUAAUGGUGAGUGAUUCGCCCCGCACCAAAGCAUAUGCUGAUGCUAUCACCACCAACAAGCACCUGUUCAGUGGCAAAAUUGUUAUGGAUGUGGGAGCAGGCACAGGUAUUUUGUCACUGUUCAUGGCUGCUGCUGGAGCCAAGAAAGUAUAUGCUGUAGAAGCUAGUGGUAUAGGUAAAGUAAUUCAGAAAGUGGCUGAAGACAAUGGCUUUGGAGAUGUUAUUAAAGUUUAUAAUGGUAAAGUAGAAGACCUCUCUCUACCAGAAAAUGAAAAAGUGGAUGUUAUUGUUUCUGAAUGGAUGGGCUUUUAUUUGUUACAUGAAUCUAUGUUAAAUUCUGUAAUAUGGGCUAGAGAUAACUUUCUCGCCGAUGAUGGGACAGUCUUUCCAUCAGAAGCAAGAAUAUAUGCUUGCCCAUGUUCGUUAAUGUCCUUGUACAAUGAACAAAUAAUGUUUUGGGACAGUGUUUAUGGAUUUAAUAUGUCGGCUGUGAAAAAAUAUGCCCUAAAGUCAAAAAUAACAAAGCCAGAAGUGUGUCAUAUUCCAGAAUCUGACUUGCUAGCAGAACCAGUCUGUGUUAAAAAGUUUAACCUAAGAUGGGUAUCUGAACAAGAAGUGAAACUCUUUACCGAGACAACCUUUGUAGCCAUUACUAAACCUGGAAGUUAUCAAGGACUUUGUCUCUGGUUUGAAUGCGACUUUGAUGGAAUUGAUUAUGAUGAAGAUGGAAAAGGAUUUGGAACGUUGACAACUCUCUCAACCUCUCCAUUCAGUCCUGCUACACACUGGAAACAAACAGUUGUUGUUCUUGGGUAUGGUGCAGAGCAAACUGAUCAGCGAAUGGAAUUGACAUGUCUAGAAGACAUAGAUUGCAAUGAAGAUUUGAAUUCUGGCACUGAGAAGACAGCAAAUUCAUCUGAUUGUGAUAGUAAAGAGAAGCACAAUACUGCUGCAGAUACUCAGCAGGAAAGUGACUCCACUGAAGCUGAGAAUGGUGGUAGAACACAAAAUAUGUCAGAUGAAACUAGUGAUGAAAUAAGUCAAUCCAGCCUUGAUAAUCAAGUAGAAAAGGAUGAAAUUGUUGGCUGGAAGCUUACUUUGGCCCAGAGUGAUAGUAAUGUGCGUCAUUAUACCAUGACUGUUGAAAUGUUGGAUCCAGAGACUGAAGAACAUCCGGUGCCGUGUCAGUGUCCAAUGCCCCGGUGUGUCAUCAUUAGCAAAAUGAUAGAGAAAGAAGAAAUGGGAAAUGAUGAUAUAGACUGCACAUAAAAUUAAUAUAUUUCUCAAGAAUCUUUAUUUUUUUUUUAGGUACUGUAUUGCAAAGUUUUCCUUAAUUUCUUGUGAGCUUUAAAUUUGAUUUAGCAUAAUGUUAGAGUAAAAUAUAUUUCUAGGUUGUUCAUGAGUAGAUAAUUUUUCAGCCUGAAGAUUGUUUUUGUACUACAGUAAUUGCUUCGUUGAAUACUAUGUAUUAUAUACAGUGGUAUCUUCGUUUUUUAAUUUAAUCCGUUCCCAGAGACCGUUCGAAACCGAAACUAAUUUUCACAAGAAAUUCUGUACUGUAAUGUAAAUUGAAUUAAUCCAUUCCACACCCCCAAAAAUAUUAACUUAAAAAAUACAUUUUAUACAUACAAUACCACCAUUUAUAUUUUGUUCCACAGUAUGUACAAGUAUAUCUUACCUUUAUUGAGGAUGCUUGUUGGCAUAUGGAAGAUAGUGAAGACAGGGGGGGGGGGAGGAGUGGUGGUGGUAGUGUUUAUAAGGGGAGUCCCUUUCCAUUAUAACAGCAGUGAUGACAUUUCUGGGGUACCUCUCUUACGUUUUGCAGGCAUACCACUAGCACCUAGUUGUGGCUCACUGCUUGCUUGUCUUACUAAGAAUCUGUCUAUAGAUACUUUGUGUUUCCCUAUAUUUUAACACUGUGUAGUGAGACAUCCCAUUGUCUCAUUAUGAAUCUCUUGCUUUUUCUCUGUCGUCAUCCUUACAACUAUUUUCUUAGGAUGAACUUUACCACUGAUUUUCUUGGAACCCAUGGCAUGAUAUAUAAUAAGAACUUUUAUGUUCAGAGACCAAAAAAGCACAAAAACAAUGAAAUUCUUCACAAAGUAUUCAAGCACUGUUGUGAUUAGGCGGGAAACACUGGUAAACUGAAGUGCGCCAUGUGCUCGGUCAGCCCAUACGUGUAUCAACAAACUCGAGCACCGAGGCAAACCUCGAAUACCGAGGCAAACCUCGAAUACCGAGGCAAAUUUUUUCAAAGUUUUUGAGAACCGAAAAAUUUGAAAAGGGGGCAUUUGAAAACCGAGGUUCCACUGUAAUUAAAUUUUUCUCUUAAUGUGAAAUAAUACGACCCAGUCAGGUAAAUUCGUCCAGAUUGGAAAUAUUACUCAUUAAUACAGAUUUUAUACGAAAUACUUUACAAUAUUUGUGCAAUAUAAAACAAAAAUUCUGUAGGGUGCUGCAAAAUUUGAUACUGUAGUAUAUUGUAAACUCUUAUUUUUAAUAUUAGGUCAUUACAUUUAUUAAACAUACUGUGCAGUACUGUAUAUUACAAUUAUUGGGAUGUGGACCUAGUCAUGCAGUCAGUAUUCUAAUACUAUUUGACACCUUGCAUUAAAUAGUUAAAGGUUAGUGUCAAUUCAGCUUUUCUCGAUUACAGUAACUGACGUGCAUUACUUUAUCGCACUAUUUUGACAGAAUUCUGAUUUUUUGCACUUGCACAUCAUUUUCACACCUUUACCAUUUUGAUAUCUGGUAUUCUCUUAAUUAGUACUGUGCUGUACUGUAAAAUACCUUACGGUUUUGUCAUGAUUAUAUUUUGUUUUGUGUGACAGGUUUUCAUUUAACUCGACACAGCCUCCUCAAAUUGACAUGAAACUUAAAAUAUUUAAUCCCUUGGGGUCAUUUGUUCCUUGAUAGAAUCCUUGGUGAAUCCGACAUCUUUGAUAUUGCUUACCUUACUGUACAGUACUAUAUAUCCUUUUGUUCUCGUAUUGGCAUCCUGAGUGAGACUUUGCUCCUUUUGAAUAUCCCUUGACAACGAUGGUGCUACAUAGUCUUCCCGGCUUGGUGCCUUCUUUUUGAUAAUGACUUUAAAUAUUUAAGUUUUAACAAAAGUAGUAUGGCUCUUGAAACAGAGUACAGUAAUAAUAUUACCCUGUAGUUAUUGCAAAUCCCAUUCCCUUGAAACUGAGAACGCUUGUGUACAAUCAUAAAACUUGAUUUCUUAUUGGGCAGCAUGGCCCAAGAAACUAGAGCAUUGUAAAUAAAUGCUGCCUCUCUGAGCUAUAUUUUUAAUUUCAAAUCCAGUUUGACUGGGUAAUCAUUAACCCUUGAAAUGCGCAUACCAUCAUCGGAUGUUUGACCUUUGGUGCACAACAUGUCAUCCUCACAUGUUUUAGGUACUUAGCAACAUUUGAAUCUCCCAUUGGUACAAGGUAUUCCGAACCAGUAUUUAAGACCUCCAGUAAAAAUGUCAUUUUGAAAAGUGACAUUUGGGACAUUUUACCGUCAGGUCCCCAAGGGGUCCAGGAGCUUGAUAAUUUUUUUUUACAAAGAAUUUUGCUAUGAACAUUUUGAAUAGAAACUUUGCCUUAUUAAAAUCUAUAUCAAAGA